GCGACUUUCCUGCCGCUCUCUUGGGGGCACUCUCUUCCUCUUAUCACUGUAUUUGAAUAUUUUCGUUUUUAAUGUGAGAAAUUUCUCACAUUUUGUGCCAUCAAGUAUAAAAGUUGAACAGCUCUCAGGCACAGCUCUCAAUCAUUCUCCGGGCUUCGUAAACAACCGACGACAACGGUGCGUGUGGCUCAUUGCAAGUUAGGCAAGUCAGGUGACUCUGUGCUGUUUUUUUCUUCGCCACAAUCACACCCUAAUUUUCUGCGCCAGAUAUUCAUCCAUCAAAUUGGAAAAUUAAAUAAAGACAAAUGGCUCUCGUGCAGACAGUUCGGGGAACUAUUCCCAGCAACUCUUUGGGCUUUACGCUCACGCACGAGCACUUUGCAUUGGACUUCUCACCCUUCUAUACGGAACCCCCACAACCAUUGACGAGCUUCUUGGAGCAACCGCGGAUUACUUUGGAGAAUUUGGGCUACAUCCGCCAAUAUCCCUACUCGAGUCGCUUCAAUCUCGCCUUUGAGGAUGAAGACACCCGUCUGGCGGUUGAGAAGGAUUUGGCAGCCUUCAAACGCUUCGGCGGUGGCACCAUUGUGGAGAACACCUCGCACGGUUUGAACAGGAACUUGGGGCUCAUGCACGAUCUCUCCACGGCAACAGGGGUGAAGGUGAUCGCUGGAACUGGGCACUAUGUCGCUGGGACGCAGACCGCCAGCACGCAGGCAAUGACGGUUGAGCAACUCACGGACAUGUACAGCAAAGAGAUCAUCUCUGGCGUCGAUGUGAAUCCCAAUCUCAACAUCAAGUGUGGCUUUAUCGGGGAAGUUGGAAGUGGAUGGCCCCUUCAUGAUUUCGAGAAGAAGGCAAUCAAGGCAACGGGAGAGAUUCAGGAGGUGAUUGGAUGUGGAGUUUCCUUCCAUCCGGGUAGGAGUGAGGAAGCUCCCUUUGAGAUUAUCCGGCUCUACCUUGAGGCAGGUGGAAAAGCCUCAAAAUGCGUCAUGUCUCAUCUCGAUCGGACAAUUCUCUGCGAUGAGAAGUUGCUGGAAUUUGCUGCUUUGGGAACUUUUACGCAAUUUGACCUCUUCGGCACUGAAUGCUCCUACUACCAACUCAACCCUGCCGUUGAUAUGCCGAAUGAUGCACAGAGAAUUGCAAAGAUCCUCAAAUUGGUGGCUGAGGGACGCGAAGGGCAGAUCUUGAUGUCUCACGAUGUUCACACAAAGCACCGUUUGGCACCUUUUGGUGGGCAUGGCUACUCCCACAUCCUCAACAACAUCCUCCCAAGGCUCAAUGUGCGCGGUCUCACUCUCGAGCAGAUUGAUCGCAUUACAAUUGAGAAUCCCAGCUUGUGGCUUCAGGGAAAAUUCUGAGGGAUUCCCAGAGGAGAGAGAUUUGUGUGUGUUAGUGACUUCUUUAUUUUUUUUUUUAGCUUUUCUUUCGAUGCUCAAUAAAAUGCGGCUCAUUUAUCAAUA